UAGUAGUUGUUUGGAUCAGAGGCUGUUGCCAAACACCCACCUGAACCCAAAUUCGGGUCGAACGUUGAGCCCUAGCUAACUAGCACAUGUAGAAGGUGUCGCUUGCUUCCCAGUACAGUUCUUCGUUGACUCCUUUAACGUCCCUGCUCGUGACUCAUGUCAGGUCCUUCCGCAGCGACUUCGACAAAGCCACAUAAUCGAAACCCAACUGGGAGGAAUCAAUACAAGGACUGUCCCCCGAAGGAUGACAAUCAGGUUACGGAGCUUCUGUAUGACUACCAACGGAGAGAGAUAUUUGAUAAAAAGAAGAUAAGUCAACUCUUGUAUGACGAGCAUGGGAUUAAGUUGAGCGAAAGCUCUGUAGCUCGCAGACGAAGAGCUUUGGGUCUCUAUGCAAGUGGUGUAACCACCCGACAGCUGCCAGAGACGGUCAAACGACAGCUCGUGCUCACUCAGAUCUUGAAAGAUCCGGAAAAGAAGCUCGGCCCUCGGAUGAUCAAACAGCUCAUUGCCCGUGACACCGGUAUUCAUCUGACAAGGGAUUACAUCAGGGCUGAGAUGAUGAGACAAGACCCCGAGGGAUUCGCAUCUAGAGAUACUUCCGUAAAGAAGACGCAUACCUUGGAAAUAAGUGAUGGAGAGUCUAUAAUCCAUACCAUGACCAUGUUGCCGACAUGUUGACGCGCGCAGGCGUUCUCGAGACCAACUUGUUUAAGUAUCUCGUUCAAACCUUGUUUAAUGAAUGUAACCCUCGCGAUCCGAUCUGGUCAAGGUAUUAACAGUACGGCUCAAACUUUCCGGGUGUGAUUUGCACUACCGCAGUCGCAAUAAGGAGCGUCUCUUAGCUAUAUCAUCGUUG